AUGGCGAAGAGCAAAUUCGAACACCUCCCCCUCUCAACCUCCGGACCUCAGGAUUGUGCUCUCACAGGACCGGCUCUUCUACACACCCCCUACCUAAACAAAGGCACCGCCUUCACCUCCUCCGAAAGAAAAGAAUUCGACCUCGUCGGCCUACUCCCUUCCGCAGUCAACACGCUCGAAGACCAAGUCAAACGAGCCUACGACCAAUACUCCGCCCGCCGCACGCCCCUGGGCAAGAACACCUUCAUGACGUCCAUGAAAGAGCAGAACGAAGUCCUCUACUACAAACUCAUCCAGAAGCAUCUGAAGGAGAUGUUCCCCAUCAUCUACACCCCGACCGAGGGCGAUGCGAUUGCGGAUUACAGCCGCCUGUUCCGGCGCCCGGAGGGGUGUUUCUUGGAUGUCACGAUGACGGCCGAGCAGAUCGAGACGGCGCUGGGGCGGUAUGGCGGGCCGGAGGAUAUCGAUGUCAUUGCGUGUAGUGAUGGGGAGCAGAUUCUCGGGAUUGGGGAUCAGGGUGUGGGUGGGAUACUCAUUGCCAUUGCGAAGCUGGUGAUUUAUACGCUGUGUGCGGGCGUGCAUCCGAAUCGGACGUUGCCGGUUGUGUUGGAUGUCGGGACGGAUAAUCAUGAACUGCUGAAUGAUGAGCUGUACCUGGGCGUGAAGAGGCCGCGGACGAGAGGGGAGGAGUACGACGCUUUCGUGGAGAGGUAUGUUUCUGCGUGUCGGAAACUUUACCCCAAGGCGUACUUGCAUUUCGAGGAUUUCGGUCUGACGAAUGCGAGGAGGAUUCUGGAUUUGUAUACGCCGAAGAUUGCGUGUUUCAAUGAUGAUGUGCAGGGGACCGGGUGUGUGACGCUCGCGGCGAUGUAUGCGGCCACUCAUGUGGCGGGGGUGAAGAUGAAGGAUUUGAGGGUGGUGAUGUUUGGGGCUGGGUCGGCGGGGACGGGGAUCGCGGAUCAGAUUCGGGAUGCGAUUGCGGUGGAGAGCGGGAAGUCGAAGGAGGAGGCCGUCAAGCAGAUCUGGUGUAUCGAUAAGCCUGGAUUGUUGCUGCAGAGCAUGAAGGACGACUUGACGCCGGCACAGCAUCCCUACGCCAAGGCCGACGGGGAGUGGAAAGAUGCGAACCAGAAAUCCCUCCUCGACGUCGUGAGGGAAGUCAAACCCCACGUCCUCAUCGGUACGAGUACCCGCCCUAAAGCCUUCACCAAGGACGUCGUCCAGGAAAUGGCCGCGCACGUCGACCGCCCCAUCAUCUUUCCGCUCUCCAACCCCACCCGCCUCCACGAAGCCGACCCCAAGGACCUCUUCGCCUGGACGGACGGCAAAGUCCUCUGCGCCACCGGCUCCCCCUUCCCGCCCGUCGAAACUCCAGACGGCAAGAAGCGCGAAAUCGCCGAAUGCAACAACAGCACCACCUUCCCCGGCAUCGGCCUCGGCGUCAUCCUCAGCCGAGCCAAACUCCUCACGACGGAAAUGCUCGUCGCAGCCGUCAAAGCCCUCGCGGCGCAGGCGCCCGCUCUCAAAGACCCCGACGCUGGCCUGUUGCCUGAUAUCGUCGACGUGAGGGAUAUCUCCGUCAAGAUCGCCGCGGGGGUGAUUCGGCAGGCGGAGAAGGAUGGGGUUGCCCAGGAGGAGGGGAUCCCGAAGGAGGAUGCGGAUUUGGAGGAGUGGAUUGAGGAGCAGAUGUGGACGCCGAGGUAUAGAUCGCUGAGGAAGGUGGGGAUUGAGGGGGCGAGUCGGGCGGCGAGGGGGGAGGCGGGGAGUAAAGGGAUGGAGAGGGUGUUGUCGAAUCAGUGA